UCAGCUGAGGAGCGCAGAGGUGAAAAAUACCGCAGACGCACAUUCAGAAGAAGAGCAAACACAGCAAACGCGCAGAGACAGCGGAGGAAGACGCACGAAGAGGCUCCUUGUUGACUGGACUAGAGAGGAAAGGAGAAUGAGAGGGCGAGCAGGCGAGGAGAGGUGAAUAAAAACACAUUAUUUGGGAGCAGUUUGCACACCCAGGAGAAGGCUGACACGGAGCCGUCUGGAGAAGUCACUCCUUCAUAGGAACCCACGUGCUGCUGAUCUGCUGCUGCUGCUGCUGCUGCCUCAAGAUGGCAGGAGAUGAUCACAGAUAAUUGGGAGGAACGUUUUAAAUCUUCAGUAACAUCAAAGCAAAAAUUUGUGACUGAAAUCUUGAUCAGAAAACAGUUUCUUGCUUUUUGCUAAUAAAUAAAUAAACCACAAAAACACGAACAAUGGCAUCCUAUAGCCCUGCCCCGACGCAAGAGGCACCCAAUGGCGGACCCCCAUCUGUAAAGUCUAAAAGCGAGGAGUCCAUGAAACUGAAGAAGGAGAUCUCCCUCCUGAAUGGGGUCUGCCUGAUUGUGGGGAACAUGAUCGGCUCGGGGAUCUUCGUCUCGCCCAAGGGCGUCCUCAUCCACAGUGCCUCCUAUGGCCUCUCUCUGGUGGUGUGGACAGUCGGAGGGAUCUUCUCCGUGUUUGGGGCUCUGUGCUACGCCGAGCUGGGGACCACCAUCACCAAGUCGGGGGCAUCCUAUGCCUACAUCCUGGAGGCGUUUGGGGGUUUCAUGGCCUUCAUCCGCCUGUGGACGUCGCUGCUGAUCAUCGAGCCGACCAGCCAGGCCGUCAUAGCCAUCACGUUCUCCAACUACAUGGUGCAGCCCAUCUUCCCCACCUGUAUAGCUCCAUACGUGGCUAACAGGCUGCUGGCUGCUGCUUGUAUAUGUUUGCUGACCUUUGUGAACUGUGCCUAUGUAAAGUGGGGAACCAGGGUCCAGGACUUCUUCACCUACGCCAAAGUCAUCGCUCUCAUCGCUGUCAUCAUCACUGGCCUGGUGAAGAUCGGACAAGGUCACACACAGAACUUCGAGGACAUGUUCGAAGGCUCCUCUCAGGAUCCAGGACACAUUGCUCUGGCUCUGUACUCCGCUCUGUUCUCCUACUCGGGAUGGGACACCCUCAACUUUGUCACAGAGGAGAUCAAGAACCCAGAGAGGAAUCUGCCACUGGCCAUCGCUAUUUCCAUGCCCAUAGUAACAGUGAUCUACAUUCUGACCAACGUGGCUUACUACACCAUCCUCCCCAUCAAUGCCAUCUUAGACAGUGAUGCUGUAGCUGUGACUUUUGCAGACCAGGUGUUUGGUGUAAUGAACUGGACAAUUCCCUUCGCCGUGGCUCUUUCCUGUUUCGGAGGACUCAACGCCUCCAUCCUGGCUUCCUCCAGGCUGUUCUUCGUGGGCUCCAGAGAGGGCCACCUGCCUGACUACCUGUGCAUGAUCCAUGUCCACCGCUACACUCCCGUCCCCGCCCUGCUCUUCAACGGCAUCAUGGCUCUCAUAUACCUGUGUGUAGAAGACGUGUUCAGGUUGAUCAACUACUACAGCUUCAGCUACUGGUUCUUUGUCGGUCUAUCCAUUCUGGGACAACUGUAUCUGCGCUGGAAGCAGCCGGACAGAAAGAGACCACUAAAGCUCAGUCUUUUUUUCCCCAUCGUUUUCUGUCUCCUCACCGUCUUCCUCGUGGUGGUGCCGCUCUACAGUGACACCAUCAACUCCCUGAUCGGCAUUGGCAUCGCACUGUCAGGAGUGCCCGUCUACUUCCUCUGCUGCUACACUCCGGCACAUAAGAGGCCACUGCGGCUACGAAGCCUCAUCGGUAAGAGAGCCCCAGGAAUCCUUCAGUGUUUUCAUCUAUUGAAAAGACAUUUUGUUUUAAACCAGAUUGUGAAAUAAAGAUCCAACUUUGACGCUAAUAUUUUGCAGCCUUGCUAUAAAAUGUUUUAAUUACAGGAAAAACAAUAACACAAACUAAUAAUUGGCAGGAUGGAUGUAACAAAAAAAUAAACUUAAACAUGCUUGGGAACUUAUGAUAUUGACUUAAAGGCCAGCUUUACCAUCUGACAGGGAUCAAUUAAUCAAUUCAUUAUUGAGCAUUUUACUGCAUUUAAUUGGGAUGUAAUGCAAAGAAUGUGAAGUCAUAUAUUGAACCCUAUAAUGGGAAAACCGUUGUACAAGAUCAAAGGUAAUGUUUGUUUUUCUAAGAAAACAUUAUAGAUAUUCAUUUAAAUUAAAACAACAGCCUCUUUUUCUUUUGAUUAAAGAGGGUAUUUUUUUUAUUGAAAAUGGCAGCAACAAAAAAGAAAUGUUGUAUGUCAAUAAAUAUACUGUGAAAGAUUUAUCACACUGAUAACUGUUUGUAACCAGACUUUGUAUUCUGUGUCAACACAGUUUUUGUAAAUUGUUAAUAGGAAAUCAUACAUUUACAAUUAAUGAUUAUUUGUUUCCAAUGAUUGUAAACAACUACAGAGCAAUUCACUUGAGCUCAACACUGGCUCAAACUAAAUUUGGUGUCAGUGUUUGCAGCUGGAUUCAGGCCAAUAACAGAUGAACAGAUUGCCCUAAUGUUUCU